CCUGAUCGGCCUUUUCUUGGUUGGAUAAGAAACCUAACGCAAUGCCUGGGACUGCGGCAAAAACUUCAUUCCAAAAUCGCAUUACCUCUAUUUAUGUUGCUUUAGCCACAUGAACGCUUACAAACAGCAUCACUCACUAACCAUAUAUGCAGUAUAUCACAGGCAUAAUGGGCGCCUUCCCUACCUUUCCGGACGUCUUGAUUCUCGAAGAAACCUACCAAAAGAGAAUACUUAAAAAGCGCGCCCAAUUCAUCCGGGCCGAGACACAGAAUUGGGCUAUCCGUCAUGUGUCGGAAGAAGAGAUUAUCGACUUCAAAGAACUAGUGAACAAACAUCUUGCAUUGCCAUUAAAACUAUUGUUUCUUGAGCCGAUAGUCCUGCUCAUGACUUUAUACACAUCAUUCAUCUACGGCAUUCUCUACCUCUUCCUCGAAGCCUAUCCAGUUGUAUUCGCCGAAUAUCGCGGUAUUUCGCCUAGCAUAUCGACGCUCAUGUACAGCGGCCUGAUCAUUGGUGUUCUACUGGGAUCCGCCAUUGUCGUCGCCUUCGAGCCACGGUACAACCGCAAACUCAAAGAGAACCAUGGAAUUCCAGUUCCCGAGCAGCGUCUACUUCCCAUGAUGAUUGGUGCUAUUCUCUUCCCAAUCGGGCUCUUUCGGUUUGCCUGGACAGGGAAUUACUCCAGCAUCAGUUGGGCUGCACCAGCUGUGUCCGGCAUCUUGACGAGUGCGGGAAUCUUGACCAUCUUCCUGCAAGCGCUCAAUUAUCUCGUGGACGCAUAUUUGAUGGUCGCUGCGAGCAGCAUCGCAGCGAACACGUUCCUGCUGAGUUUAUUCGGAGCAGGCUUCCCUCUCUUCGCGACCCAGAUGUUCCCCAAAUCAGGCGUCGACUGGGCCGGAUCCUUACUUGGUUUUUUUGGCUGUAGCGUUCAUGCCGAUACCCUUUCUCUUUAAAGAGGCUCAAGAUUUGGACAAGGCCCAAUAGAUUACAGACAUAGUCUUUAUUUUUGCUGGCUUACUUGUGCUAGAAAGCUUCUGUAAUUAGCGCUGAU